AUGCCGGGGUUCGAGGAGUUUGUGAUUGGUAAAUGCAGGGGGUUUAAGUUUAAUGGUUCGGCCGAUGUCGGCUUGGCUACAAAACUUAAAUUCCUUAAAAAUCGGAUUAAGGAGUGGGUGGUGAAUGAAAAGAAAAGGGUAGAAGGGGUGUAUGAGGAGGUUAAAAAAGAAAUUGGAAAUUUGGAGAAAGCUCGUGUCCGGUGGGCUUUAGAAGGGGACGAAAACUCGUCAUUUUUUCAUGGAAUCAUGAGUGCAAACACCUCGAUUAACAGGUUAAAUGGUAUUCUGCUGGAUGGGAACUGGGAGACGUCCCCACCGGUUAAUAAAGACAUCGCCUUUGACUUCUUUUCAAAAAAAAUCCGUGAGCCGAUAGACACGAGACCUCCUAUGUCGUGCCCGAAUUUGGCUGCCUUAUCCCAAACGGAAGCGGAGAGUUUGAUACGACCGUUUACUCAUAGGGAGAUAAAGGAUGCGGUGUGGGAUUGUGAGGGUGAUCGUGCACCGGGACCCGAUGGAUUUAACUUUAAAUUCUUAAGGAGGUUUUGA